AUGAAGUUCAGCUCCAUAUCGCUAUCUAAACAUCAGCCGCCCUCGAAGUUGAUCAACCGCCCCACACCGCGGUCCCGGACCGCGCUGCCCCAAUCCCGAGAGCGCGGCAAAGAUACCACAAAAGCACCGAGCAGUUCAUGCACCCAACACACUAAUAAUUUACCUAACAGCUACCCCUCGUGCCCCGCAGAGCCAGCUCAUCAUCGCAUGGCGGGGUAUCAGGAGCGCGAUAAAGCUUUCGAGACCGCGGGUGUGGAUUGA